AAGAGAGAGAGAGAGAGAGAAGGAGGCCGCCGACCGCCGGGGCUGCUGGGCUCCUGCGCGCUCACGCUCCCCGCCGCCAGCCGAGGCGCAGGCAGGGCGCAGGCGGCGGCGGGCGGCAUGGAGAGCCUGCUGGAGAAUCCGGUGCGCGCCGUGCUCUACCUCAAGGAGCUCACGGCCAUCGUACAGAACCAGCAAAGCCUCAUCCACACCCAGCGCCAGCGCAUCGAUGAGCUGGAGCGGCGUCUAGACGAGCUGAGCGCGGAGAACCGCAGCCUGUGGGAACACCAGCAGUUUCUGCAAGCCCAGCCGCCGCCGGGGCUCGUCCCUCCGCCGUCCGCCCCACUGCCUGCUCCUACAACCACCGCUCCGGCCGCCACUGCGGCCCAGGAGCCUCUCCAGGACCACGGACAGCUCACACCCGCCACGCCGGAGCCGCCGCUUCAGCACCACGGACAGCUCCUGGCGCAGCCCCAGCCGGGCCCCAGCAGCAGGGCUCAGGCUCCCCAGUCGCCCCACCAGCACCCGGUGGCACCAGGGGCCAUAGGCGACAAGGAGAAGGAGCGUCCCCCGAGUUGUUGCGCUGCCGCCGGAGCCCUGCUUCAGCACACAUCCCCCGCAGCCCUCGGCAAGGGCGUCCUGAGCAGGAGACCCGAGAAUGAGACCGUGCUGCACCAGUUCUGCUGCCCCGCUGCUGACACCGAGCAGAAGCCUGCCUGCUCCGACCUGGCUUCCCAAAGUGAUGGCUCCUGUGCCCAGGCCGGUGGGGGCAUGGAGGACUCCGUGGUGGCAGCGGUGGCAGCCGGCAGACCCAGUGCCCAUGCCCCGAAGGCUCAAGCCCAGGAGCUCCAGCAGGAGGAGGAGCGGCCGGGGGCGGGGGGCUCCCCACGGGCUGGCCCCCUCCGCGCGGCCUCCCCCGGCCAGCAGCAGCCUGCCCUGGCGACGGCGCUCUGCUCCCACACCCCUGCUGCCUCCGAGUACGAACUCUCCCUUGACCUAAAGAAUAAACAGAUUGAAAUGCUAGAACACAAAUACGGGGGCCACCUGGUAUCCCGACGCGCCGCGUGCACCAUCCAAACCGCUUUCCGCCAGUACCAGCUCAGCAAGAACUUUGAGAAGAUCCGUAACUCGCUCCUGGAAAGCCGCCUUCCCCGGCGGAUCUCGCUGCGCAAAGUGCGGGCGCCCACAGCCGAGAGCCUGGUGGCGGAGAAGGCGCUCCUGGAGGGCUGCGGGCUCCUGGGGCUGCCGCUGGGGCGCUCGCCCUCCCUGCCACCCACCUUCGCAGGCUCGCUCACCGAGCUAGAGGACUCCUUCACCGAGCAAGUGCAGUCCCUGGCCAAGUCCAUCGACGACGCCCUCAGCACCUGGAGCCUCAAGACCAUGUGCUCACUGCAGGAGAGUGGCGCAUACCAGCUCCACCAGACCCUGCACUCGAGUGCGGGACAGCAAGGUCUAGAGGCCGAGGCGCGGGAGCCCGAGAGUGGCCCAGCGUCUGGAGAUGAGGCCGGUGGCCUGUCACAGGGUCACAGCGGUACCCUCAUGAUGGCCUUCAGGGAUGUCACAGUGCAGAUCGCUAACCAGAACAUCUCUGUUUCCUCCUCCACCGCCCUGUCUGUGGCCAACUGUCUGGGCGCACAGACCAACCAGGCCACAGCUGAGCCAGAGGAGGGCCAAACCGAGCAGGGGGAUGCCGCGACGGCUCAGGAGAUCUCGGAAGCCCCAGCCUCGGAACAGGCGGAACCCCCGGGUGAGAACUCAGAUGCGGCAGAGAGUCGCGCCCAGGGCGCACAUGGACCGGUGGUUGCCGAGGCCGUGGUUGAGGAGGCGGUGGCGGUGGAGGCAGAGGAGGAAGCGGAAGAGAGGGGGCAGUCAGGGAAAGGGGCCGAGGCAGGCGACAACUCUGAGCAGCUGAGCAGCAGCAGCGCAUCCACCAAGUCCGCCAAAUCUGGCUCAGAGGUUUCGGCCGCUGCCUCGAAGGAGGCCCUGCAGGCGGUGAUCCUAAGCUUGCCGCGCUAUCACUGCGAGAACCCAGCCAGCUGCAGGUCCCCCACGCUCUCCACCGACACCUUGCGCAAGCGGCUGUACCGCAUCGGCCUCAACCUCUUCAACAUAAACCCGGACAAGGGCAUCCAGUUCCUGAUCUCACGUGGCUUCAUCCCUGACACCCCCAUCGGUGUGGCCCACUUCCUCCUCCAGCGGAAAGGCCUCAGCCGCCAGAUGAUAGGAGAGUUCCUGGGCAAUAGCAAGAAGCCGUUCAACCGCGACGUGCUGGACUGCGUGGUAGAUGAAAUGGACUUCUCCAACAUGGAGCUGGACGAGGCCCUGAGGAAGUUCCAAGCUCACAUCCGCGUGCAGGGGGAGGCCCAGAAAGUAGAGCGACUCAUAGAGGCUUUCAGCCAGCGCUACUGCAUGUGCAACCCCGAGGUGGUGCAACAGUUCCACAACCCAGACACCAUCUUCAUCCUGGCCUUUGCCAUCAUCCUUCUCAACACCGACAUGUACAGCCCCAACAUCAAGCCCGACCGGAAGAUGAUGCUAGAAGACUUUAUCCGAAACCUUCGAGGUGUGGAUGAUGGUGCUGACAUCCCCAGAGAGCUGGUGGUAGGCAUCUAUGAAAGGAUCCAGCAGAAGGAGCUCAAAUCCAAUGAAGACCACGUCACAUACGUCACCAAGGUGGAGAAGUCCAUCGUGGGCAUGAAGACGGUGCUGUCCAUGCCACACCGCCGCCUGGUCUGCUGUAGCCGGCUCUUCGAGGUGACCGAUGUGAACAAGCUCCAGAAACAGGCCGCACACCAGAGAGAAGUGUUCCUCUUCAAUGAUCUGCUGGUGAUUCUCAAGCUGUGCCCAAAGAAGAAGAGCUCCUUCACAUACACCUUCUGCAAGGCAGUCAGCCUCUUAGGCAUGCGGUUCCACCUCUUUGAGAAUGAGUAUUACUCCCAUGGCAUCACACUGGCAACUCCACUCGCGGGCUCUGAGAAGAAGCAGGUAUUGCAUUUCUGCGCCCUGGGCUCCGACGAGAUGCAGAAGUUCGUGGAGGACCUGAAGGAGUCGAUUGCUGAAGUGACAGAGCUGGAGCAGAUCCGGAUAGAGUGGGAACUGGAGAAGCAGCAGGGAACAAAGGUGCUCUCUGUCAGGUCUGCUGGAGCCCAGGGGGACCCACAGUCGAAGCAAGCAUCACCCACAGCCAAAAGGGAAGCCAUGGCAGGAGAGAGAGCGGCGGAGAGCUCGGGGGAGGUGUCAAUUCACAACAGGCUUCAAACGUCCCAGCACAGCCCCAGGUUGGGGGCCGAGAAGGGAGAGCCAGCACCGCCAUCGCCACCAUCACCACCGCCGUUGCUGCCAGACCCACAGCCUAGCCCCCUGAGGGAGCAGCCCCCACCGCUGCCGCCACCGCCGCCACCCACACCCCCAGGCACCCUGGUGCAGUGCCAGCAAAUUGUCAAGGUCAUUGUCCUGGACAAACCCUGCUUGGCCCGUAUGGAGCCCCUGCUGAGCCAGGCUCUGUCCUGCUAUGCCUCGUCCUCCUCAGAUUCCUGUGGCUCGACACCCUUGCGUGGUCCAGGCUCCCCAGUUAAGGUCAUCCACCAGCCCCCACUGCCCCCACCCCCACCCCCGUACAACCACCCUCAUCAGUUCUGUCCGCCAGGCUCUCUGCUGCUCCGGCGCCGCUAUUCCAGUGGCUCCAGGAGCCUGGUGUAGGCUCUACCCUUAGCACCCCACUAUCCCAAUGGGCUGUCUAUCCUUCAGGAGCUUAGGCUGCCCCCUUACCAUUCCUCACAUCUUGGCAUAAUGCCUUCCUGGCCACUGAUCACUGUUAUGGAAAGAGAAUGCCCUGGCAAGAUGGUUUGCUUGACCUAACCAUCCGUCGCUAACUUAUUGGAGUACCUCACCACAACUAUGUAAGCACUUUCUCACUCUUCUAGGGGUCCCACAUAGGCAGAUGAGCCAUGCCUUCUCCUCUGUGUUCACCAUGUUCCCCUAACUAGACUAUACAUUGAAGGAAACAGAAGCCGAGGGGCCGUGGGCUGAUAGGCUUGGAAUCUUGAUCUAUUAACAUUCAUGCCUUGGGCCAGUGAACAAGAGCAAAUGGCUGGACCUGCCAGCAGCACCGCCCAGGGCAGAGGCAGACUACCCCAGCGUAAGGUGUAUCUCUAGCCCAGCUGAAUAGAAGGAAGCUAGCCCCGGCUCUAUGGAGGGGCCUUUGUCUGCUGCCCCAGCCAUCCAAGCCUGUAGUGAGGAGACAGGUUCUUAGCUCCCUGGGGAUGUUGGCUCCCUUCACCAUGGCAGCCCUCCUGCCACCAUCAGAGAAUUCUGAGCUACCCGGAGCCAGGAAAGAUCCAAGAAAGAGAAGGGGGCAGGGGAUCCAGUUCUGUCUGGGUCAGUUCAGCAGCACCCCAGGACCGUGAGAUCAUGUCUACAAAGUGCACUUUUCGAGACCAUUUCUUGGUUCUCUAGCCUCAAGCAACAUUCAGCCAAUACCAAGUGCACACAGGCAGUUAUCCAUAAACACACGUGAGAGCCGGGUUGGUUAUUUCCUUGUGGAACCAGAAGCCAGGGGAUGGGGUAUGACUUGGCCUGGAGUCAGGGCUUCCUCAGGUAUGACUCUGCAGCCUCUGCGUACACACACAGACAGGGGGAGGCAGUGAGGUCCGCGUCACUGUGUCACCUCUGCCGCCCUAGCCUUGAAAUACUGCCUCCCUGGAAAAUGCAGGCUGGCUUCCAGCAGGGAUGGCGAAGAAUUCCUGGACCUUCAAAACGGCACAGCCGAGCCGAGCAGGGCUCAUCAACUUUCCAGGCCUACCAGGACCAGAGUCAGCACAGGUGGCCCUGACCCUACAGAGCCCCAGACAGAUGAGGCGGCCCCAUAAACUACAGGGGUGAUGUCAUGGGCUGUCACAAGCCAAGCCAGCCUCCUUUGUCCUAUGCCAGCAUCUAUUUCUGGCCUUCCUCGAGAUGCUCUCCUAGUCAUAGCCUGUUUUUAAGGUUUCCCAAGAGGUGAGAGGCACAGGGGAUGCUGCCGUGGUUGGGAGUGAGUUGGCUUCUCCUGGACCCUGCUGUACAGCCCAAGAUUCAGCACUCUGGACCAGAUAGGUGGCAUCCAGGCUCUUAGAGGAGCCAAAUGACCUCCUUUCAUGUACAUGCGUGUGUGUGUGUGUGUGUGUGUGUGUGUGUGUGUGUGUGUGUGUGUGUGUGUGUGUGUGUGUGUGUGUGUGUGUUCACCCAGAGGUCAUUAUGAUGUCACCCGGGGAGUUUCUGGCCAUUUCUGUAACUUUUGGCCAAUAUGCUAUCUCCCCAGGGGCUCCCAGCCUGUGUUUUUCUGAGUUGGCUGCCUUGGGCCCCUCUGGAGCACCCAUAUUUCAGGAAAUAAUCACAACCUGUCAUAGCGGAACAACUGACAGAUAGGGUGCACCACUUAGACCCCUCACCCAUCUGCACCGGGGCAGAAAGGACUAGACCCCAGGGAGAGCAGAGCUUUGGGUGGGAUUGGAUGAAUGAGAGGGCAGAAAAUAGAAGGAAAUGUACGACUCACGGGGGGGGGGUGGUGGUGAGUUAUGAGGGUGUCUAAGUGUGUUUCUGGAGUAGCAGUCAUGACGUCAGGGGCUGAUGAACAGGGGCAUUAGCCCUGGAAGCUCAGUGUUGUCGAGCCCUGCCUCCUGCUCACAUCAGGCUCCAAGCUAACAGCAUCCUCUGUCCCUCCCGCCUCAGCUGAAGCCUGGCUUUCCCGAUGAGCUCCAGCUCCAGGAGAGAUUUGGGGGCUGGCCCACAUGAGCUGGCUCUGAGGACCCCGACUCCCAGGCACCAUGCCCUUUCCUCCCAGGAGAGCUUUGCCUAAGGUGGUGGUUGUAGCUGACCCCAGACGCUGCUGGCAGGAGCAAAGACCAGCACAGGAAGCCACGCUGCUUGGGAUCACAACCUGGACCGGUCCUGAGCUAGCAGGGCUUUGAGCCCCAAUAGCCCAAGGGCAGGAGCGGGGAGCUGGCCCCCCUUACUGGUCAGGUGAAUUUAGAGCCCCCAGCCUGGAUUGAGUCUGGUCACCCAACCUGCUAAUGGUAGAAUUCAUCUGUAUCUCCGUUCCCAGAGAACCCGGGAGAAGCCUCCUGCCUCCCCCCAUGGCAGCAGCCAGAUCAGGGCCACCGGUCUUCCUAAAGGCCCAGAAGGAGGCCCUUGAGACUUCAGCUGUCUCAAAGUUAAGGGAACAGUGGAAUGCUGGCUGAGCUCACAGAUCCAAUCACCCCAAGAUGCCCCCCUUCGUCAACUCUCUAGGCCUUACUUUGGGGAGCCUGGGUCCCUCUUCCAAUUUAUCCAUUUGAUCCCAACUCCAAAAUCAAGUGGGAGGUGGAGCCAGGUUUCCUACCUACUUUUAGGCAAACCCACCUCCAAAUGCAGGCCCCGUCUUGGCAGCCUUUCCUGGCAACCAGGAUGUCUGUCUUUUCGUCUGCAAAGAUGUCUUGCUCCCAAAAACAUGUUUCGGCCCUGGAUCUUUGACCCCCACCCCACCCCACCCACCUGUCCAGAGCCUGCCAGGAUAUCUCUGUUACCCAGGAGAGGUUCCUGAUGCCAUCUGUCUGUCUGUCUCUGCAUCGGCUGUCCAUCUUCCAGCGGUACCUCUCCUCCCCUGCUCACCCUUCACCAGAUGGAGGGACAGCUCUCUGGGGACAGGCAGGGUGGCUGCACUCAGCAACUAAUCCAAAUGGCAAAUAUUUUGUAACAAAAUAGCCCAGAGGUAUUUUAUCUGUUCAAUUCAUAGAGUUUUAGAGAUUCUAUUGAAAUGUGCCACUUGA